AGGUUAAGGCGAUUCAAGGCGGCAUAGCCCAUUCGGACGGCGACACCGUCAGUAUCUUGAUCGUAUCAUUUGCUCCCAACCACACCAUUGACCAGUAAGAUUUCCAGACCACAACGGAGCUGCGCCGCGACUAGUCUGCAGAAUGACAGUCGCCGCUGGGGGUCCAGCCCAUGCUCUGUUUUUGUGUGCGGUUCCCGGGUGCUGGGACGAGGGUAUUGCUGCAAUGUCGAGAAGAGGUCGUCGUAGACGCGCAGGUAUAAAGCCUGUUCUCGUACCCCCAUUCACCCGACUUGCAAGGCUAUCAUCUCUCGCGCCUCUACCCUUCUUGUGCUCUCCUGGGUUCGUUAUCCCUGGUAGACUCAGGUUCAGUCUUCCUCUUUGCUGAGUACACCUCUUGGUGUUCUUAUCUCCCUGUCGCCCGAUAUGUCGGUCAACGAUUACGAGAAGCAGCAGUAUGCUGUCGCUGGCGAGAGCCCUUCUGACCAUGCUGUUGGCGAUGUCACCGACAUCAAGGGCCACGCCCUCAAUGAGGCUGCUGGUGUCUACGGUUCCGCUCAGAAAGCCGAGGACUAUGGCUACGUCCAGAGAGGUCUCAAGUCGCGCCAUAUCCAGUUCAUCGCACUUGGAGGUACCAUCGGUACUGGUCUCUUCCUCGGUAUCGCCAGUGCUUUCGCCAAUGCCGGUCCCGUCUCUGUCCUCCUUGGUUAUACCAUCACGGGUAUCGCCGUCUUCGGCAUGAUGCAGUGUCUCGGAGAGAUGGCGACAUGGCUCCCGCUUCCCGGUGCUAUCCCGCAGUACGCUGCUCGCUAUGCAGACCCCGCUCUUGGUUUUGCCGUCGGCUGGAACAACUGGUACAACAGCUCUAUCACUCUUUGCGCCGAGAUCUCUGCUGCCGCUCUUUUGAUCAACUUCUGGGAUCAGGAAGAGAAGUACAAUCCUGCGAUAUGGAUCUCCAUCAUCAUCGUCAUCAUCGUCUUUCUGAACAUCUUCGCCGUCUCGAUUUACGGAGAAGCCGAGUUCAUCUUCGCAUCCAUAAAGAUCAUAACAAUCAUCGGACUGCUCCUUGCCGGUCUGGUCAUUAUGCUCGGUGGAGGUCCUGACCAUGACAGACGAGGGUUCCGCUAUUGGAAGGAAGGCGCCAUGAAGGAAUACGUGGGCACUGGGAAUACAGGUCGCUUCACGGGUCUUUGGUCUACGCUUGUCAACGCAGCGUUCUCGUACGGUGGUGUUGAGAUGGUUGCAGUCGCUGCUGGUGAAGCCGCCGACCCUCGCAGGAACAUCCCCAAGGCUGUUCGCCGUGUCUUCUGGCGUAUCCUUUUCUUCUACGUUCUUGGCUCGUUCAUCAUUGGUACCACUAUCAGCUCAAACGACCCUCAACUUACCGACGAGAACGCCAAAGGUGCGCAGUCAUCGCCCUGGGUCAUCGCCAUGAAGAACGCAGGCAUUCCCGUCCUCCCUCAUAUCGUCAACGCUGUCAUCUUGACUUCCGCAACCUCAUCCGGUAAUGCUUUCCUCUACACCGGAUCGCGCUAUCUCUUCAGUAUCGCACAAAACGGCCAGGCUCCCCAGUUCCUCCUCAAGUGCAACAAGAAAGGUGUCCCCGUCUACGCUGUUGCAGUCACAGCCUCCAUCUCACUGCUCACAUACAUGAGUGUCAGCGCUGGUGCCAACAAGGUCUUCGGAUGGUUCCAGAACCUGACCACCAUCGCGUCGCUUUUCACUUGGUGCACCAUCACCUACACAUACACCCGGUUCCGUGCGGCAUGUAUUGCGCAGAACGUCGACCGUAGCACUAUGAUCUUCAAGAGCAAAUGGCAGCCCUACGUUGCCUGGACGUGCUUUGCGUACUUCGCCCUCAUCAUUCUCUUCAACGGUUUCAAGGUCUUCACCACCACUCCUUGGGGACCCGAUGAGCUGACCAGCUUCUUCACUGCGUACAUCGGCGUUGCCAUCUUCGGUCUCCUCUAUGCCUUCUGGAAGAUCUUCAAGCGAACCAAGAUGGUCAACCCAGCUGAGGCGGAUAUCUGGAGCGGCAAGGCGGCGCUUGAUGCGGAGGUUUGGCCUGAGCAGAUCCCGCGUAACGCUCUUGAGAAGUUCUGGUUCUGGCUUUGCUAGACGGGUAUUGGUGGCGUGCGCUUGCGUGGUGUCUUCGCCUUGUCGAAGUCGGUGCAUAGAAAGGCCAUGUUUGUAGCGAAUAUUAUGUUGAAUGAAUCAUCUGAAUAACUGUAUCUGUUCAAAACGUGAUGAGAGCUCAAAAGUAGAUUUUGU